AUGGCUGGACUACCGGAUAACCCUGAUGACUGGUUUCGACUUGAGGAUCCUGAUGAGCCAUUUGGAGUUCCUUUGCAUCCACAUCCACUACACUUAGCUGGGGAUCCGUACUUUCCCCAGGACGCUCUUGAGGAGGAGGAUCCCGAAGAGGAUCCUGAGGAAGAUCCCGAAGAGGAUCCUAAGGAGGAUCUCGAUGAGGAGGAGCUCGAGGAUGAGGGCAUAUUGCAGGAUGCUCAAGAGACUGAUGAUGAUGGUCCUGCAGAGGAUGAGGGAGACUUCUCCGAAGAGGAACCUACUCUCCUUACCCCACCAGACUCACCACCGAGACCCUACUACCAACCGUACCUUCUGCGCGGCAAGGGGCCUUGUAUGAUGAGGACCCCAGGAACUACUAUAUCUCCUCUUUACCACUUGGACCCAACUACUCAGGUUUCCCGACCCACUAGUGGUCUAUUAGGGAAACGGACUCGACCCAGUGAGCCAUCUUGGCUCAUAGAUCUCCUUAGCAGGAGGGAUGCUAUUGAUCUACCACCACGGUUUGAGGUUGGUGAAUCUUCAUGA